AACAGCAAAGAACCAAUAAAGUUGGCAACUUUUCUGCAGGAAAGAGAGUGUCUUCAUUGAAGGAACAACGCAGAGAGCUCGAACAAAGAGCAAAGGGAGCGUCUUUAACAAAGCAAAGAGCUCGAAGAAGACCCAAGCGCGCAGUGAUGGACGACCACCAGCGAUCGGAGCACCGCAACCUCGUCAAGCCACUUCGAUGCAUCGUCAAACUUGGAGGAGCGGCUAUCACAUGCAAAAAUGAUUUAGAGAAGAUCAAUGAGGCUAAUCUUGAGAUGGUGGCAACACAGCUUAGGCGAGUGAUGAUCUCGGGCUCUUCUUCGUCGAAGGUCCCAGGGAUGGAUUGGAGCAAGAGAAAUGGAAAGUUGGAGACAUCCCUCGACGUGGAUGAGUUUAAAGACCAAGAGUUGUUGGAGUCGAGCAGUUUCAUUGUUGUCCAUGGAGCAGGUUCUUUCGGGCAUUUUCAAGCUAGCCAAUCCGGGGUUCAUAAAGGAGGCUUGAAACGACCUAUUGUGAAGGCUGGUUUUGUUGCUACGCGUAUUUCAGUGAGCACACUCAAUCUUGAAGUUGUUAGAGCAUUAGCAAGAGAGGGCCUCCCUUCUAUUGGAAUAUCUCCCUUUUCAUGUGGAUGGUCGACUCGUGAAAAGAAUAUUGCCUCAGCCGAUUUGUCCACAGUAGCUAAGGCUCUUGAUUUAGGUUUCAUCCCUGUCCUUCAUGGAGAUGCAGUGCUUGAUGAGUUACAGGGCUGCACUAUAUUGAGUGGAGAUGUUAUCAUACGUCAUCUAGCAGAGCAUUUGAAGCCCGAUUAUGUGGUUUUCCUUACAGAUGUAUUUGGGGUAUAUGACCGUCCUCCCACAGAACCUGAUGCCGUGCUCCUAAAGGAGAUUGCUGUGAGAGAAGAUGGGAAUUGGUCUGUUGUGAAACCACCUCUUGAAGACAGCCAAGUUGAAAUGACAGUAGCUACUCAUGAUACAACUGGGGGAAUGCAAACCAAGAUUUCUGAAGCUGCAAGUAUUGCAAAGCUUGGCAUUGACGUUUACAUUGUGAAGGCGGCAACAACCCACUCGGUUAGGGCAUUGAGCGGGGACUUGAAAGGAAACAUACCUGAUGACUGGCUUGGAACAGCCAUUCGGUUUGCUGGGUAGGCGUGGCAAAUGAAGAAUGGAGCGGGGGAACGUCCGAUAUCAUGGGGUUGAUUUGUCGGACAAAAUUUUGCAAUCCAUCAACCAACUUAAUAAACUUGGAUGCAUACAUUAGUCAACUUUUUGCUUGAUUUCAGCUAGAUGUGUGAAACGAGACUAGGUCUUCUCCCUUCGGUGAAGACAGGAACAAGAAAAGGGUACGAGCUUGGUGAGAAGAGAGUUCUUUUUUUUUCAAGUUCCAGUUCUAUUGGCUGACGCAAACGGUGCGAACCAUCAAUAUUGCUGAAUCUUUGAUCCAUGUAAGAGUGAUUAAUUGCUCAACAAUCAACAUGGAGUUCCUCAAAGGAGCGUCCCAACUUAUUGAA